UGCAUGCUAGCCAAGUGCAAAACCCCAUCAUCCACCUCAGGCGCGCUUCUGCCCUUCCUUUCUUUCCUUAAUUCUUUCUCCUCUAAUUUGCCAUUGAAGGGGGAAAAAAAAAACCUGAGAUUUCAAGCAAGACCUCCCCAGAUUUUAUGAGCCCUAAUUACUCAAUUCCCCUGUGGAAAUUUCAAUUAUAAUUAAACAUUUUCAAGUUUCAAACUUUCCCCUUCCAAAACCAUUAAUUUACCUCAAUAUUAAGUCUUAACCAAAAAGAACAAAGAAGUGUAAACCGAGCAAGAAAACCCCUGAAAAAUCAAUACCCAGAAUUGCCUUUCUUAAUAAAAACCAUAAAAUAAGUUUUUUUUUUUUCAUUUUGUUGGUUGUAAAACCGAGACAUUUGAGGGAAAUGCCAAGCUUGGCUGUAAAACUAAACAGUGUAUUCUUCAAGUUCCUUUUCAAACAGCGUUUGCAGAAUCGGAUCCAAACCCCUCUCAACGAAUCCCCCAAUCAAUACGGUAUUACAACCCGACCCGAAGAAUCCGUUUCCGCCUCCAACCCUUCUUUCACCGACGGUGUCGCCACUAAAGACAUCCACAUCGACCCUUUUACUGCCCUUUCUAUUCGGAUCUUCCUCCCUGAAUCCUCCCUUUCCCCUCCCGAGCAAACCGGCCCGAAAACCAAGCCUAAAUCUUCCCAACAAGUUUACCCCAUUUCCCUUAUUCAACGGAGGAAGAGUUACGGCCUGCUUAAUAUGGAAGCUCCGAGAAAUGAUAUGAGAAGAAGCAGCUUCGAAGGUUUAGAUUUAAGAUCCGAUAAUAAUGCUUAUCAAGGUUACGCACCAUCACCUCAAAACUGUAAAAAAUUACCAAUAAUGUUGCAGUUUCACGGCGGCGGUUGGGUAAGUGGAAGCAAUGAUUCAGUAGCUAACGAUUUCUUCUGUCGGAGGAUAGCAAAAUUAUGUGAUGUUAUAGUUGUGGCGGUCGGUUAUCGGUUGGCGCCGGAGAAUAAGUAUCCGGCGGCGUUUGAGGACGGAUUGAAGGUGUUGCAUUGGCUAGGGAAGCAAGCGAAUUUAGCAGAGUGUAGUAAGUCGAUGGGGAGUGGGGCUCGUGGUGUUGGAGCUGAGUUUACAAAGGCCGAAGUUCAAAGACAUAUUGUGGAUGCCAUUGGGGCUUCCGUGGUUGAGCCAUGGUUGGCAGCUCAUGGAGAUCUUUCAAGAUGUGUUCUACUUGGGUUAAGUUGUGGAGCGAACAUUGCAGAUUAUGUGGCUCGGAAAGCGGUCGAGGCAGGCAAGCUUUUCGACCCUGUCAAGGUUGUAGCACAGGUCCUUAUGUACCCAUUCUUCAUUGGCAGUGUUCCAACAGAGUCUGAAAAAAAGUUGGCCAACACUUACUUCUAUGACAAGGAAAUGUGCACGCUUGCAUGGAAACUCUUUCUUCCUGAGGAAGAGCUAAGCCUGGACCACCCAGCUGGCAAUCCGCUCAUCCUGGAUAGGAGUCCACCACUGAAGCUCAUGCCUCCGACACUGACCAUUGUAGCAGAACAUGACUGGAUGAGAGACCGGGCUAUUGCUUACUCAGAGGCUCUGCGGAAUGUAAAUGUCGUUGCACCUGUGUUGGAGUAUAAGGAUGCGGUUCAUGAAUUUGCAAACCUUGACAUACUUCUAAAGACCCCUCAGGCUCAGGCUUGUGCCGAGGACAUUGUAAUAUGGGUUAAGAAGUACAUCUCACGUCGAGAUAAUGAGUUCUCGUAUUAAUUCAGAGGUUUCAAGUGAAGGGAAAAUAAAUUGUGGCAGUGUUACAGUUGAGAAAGAAAAUGAUGCAUGAUUGCCUGACAGUUGGUCGGUCGGUCACAAGAUUGGCUUAAUGUAUUGCAUUUUUUUUUUCUUUUACUAUCCCUGCUGAUAGAAUGUACCUCCGUCCCGGAGUUUAUUGGAUGGUCUAUUUUGUUGUUUUUGUAUGAUACAAAACUUUUCCGACGGUGGGGAUGCGAUUACUUAUUUUGGAGUGCUGCACAACACGUAGGGAUGUCUGUAGUCAGGUAAUUUCUUUUCCCCUGUGAAUUAAGGUGUAACUAUUUACUCCUCAUUUGAUUGUAUAACAGUGGGAACUUCUCCUUGCAACCAUCAAACUUGUGACAUAUAGAUCUCUUUGUUACACUUAA